UCAAAUAAGCUGCGCUCAACGGUCAAUAAAUAAUUAUUGUGUAACCAGUCGUUCAGUCGUCGUCACGUUUCACCGAGGUUCGGAUUGGCUUUUUACCAGCUGCUGCUGCAGGUAUCCGACGGUCAACCGGCCACUGAUAAAAAAACCAAAGUGAUAAUAAUUAUCCGUCGUCGGUCCGCUAAAAACGGCGACACAGCUAUAAUUGCUGCUAACGUCUCGCCGCUACGUACCCGGCAGCGCCAUCUCCCGGACAACACCGUCGUCGACCGACGGACAAGCUUCUCACAGAUAGCGGAAACACUCCGGACUUCGCCCACCGCCCGACGCGCGACGUCGGCGACUCCCGACUUGCCGAUUACCAAGACACUGGACGCCGUCAUGGGCCUGUUGUUCCGCCGCUUGUUGCCGUCAACAACUGUCGUCGUUUCUUCGUCGUUGAUCUUUCAGAGCAAAAGUCUUAGUAACACAGCGAACAAAAUGGCCGAAGAUUGGAAGAAUGCCAAAUCAGUUUAUGAUUUUACGGUAAAGGACAUCAAGGGAGAAGAUGUAUCAUUGGAAAAAUACAAAGGUUGUGUAUUGAUCAUUGUAAACGUAGCAUCUAAAUGUGGUUAUACAUCUAAGCAUUACAAAGAGUUAGUUGAGCUAGAUGAGAAGUAUCGUGACAAAGGGUUAAAAAUUCUCGGUUUUCCAUGUAAUCAAUUUGGAGGCCAGGAACCUGGUGAUUCUGAAAAUAUUUGCAGCUUUACUGCAAAACGAAAUGUUAAAUUUGACAUAUUUGAAAAAGUUGAUGUCAAUGGCAAUGAUGCACAUCCAUUAUGGAAAUAUUUGAAAUCAAAACAAGGCGGUUUAUUGAUUGAUUCUAUUAAAUGGAAUUUCACCAAAUUCAUUGUUGACAAAAACGGACAACCUGUUGAAAGGCAUGCUGCUAAUGUUAGCCCUUUGGGUUUGGAGAAGAAUUUGGAAAAAUAUUUGUAAAAGCUUCUAUGAUCAAAAUAAUAAUAUAAUCUUUCAUAUCUCAAUUUUAUUCUAUUUAAGUGAUUCAAUUUGUUUU